UAGGUUAUAAACACCACUCGAUCAACACUGUCACACAGUGAGUGAUUGUGCUGCGUCAGUUGGGCCUGUUUCAGAAGAACAGCUCUACUACAAAAAGAAAGGUAGGAUUUUCUUCUGAGAACUUUUUUGUUUGUGAUAUUCUAGAAGGAUGUAAAGCAAGACUAGUUCCCUAGUUCAAUCUGUCGUUAAUCUGUCCACACAUUUCACAGUCGACCAGACUCAUCUCAAGCAACCGAAUAUGUACGCCAUCUUACUGCUGUUCCUUGUCCCAGCUGCACUGGCUUACAGUAGAGGUCCACCCGUGGCUAAUGCUGGGCUGUGUUCAGAUAUGAUUCCGACGGAUCACAACGGUGGUGUGAGUCUGGCUACAGACAUGGACAACCCGCCGUACACGAUCACCACGAGUUCGGAUAUGUACUAUGCCGGUGGUACGGUGACAGUAACCAUUGCCGGUAUGGGGGCAACUAUGUUCAAGGGCUUCUUCAUUCAAGCACGCCGUACUAAUCUCUCCAUGGACACCGAUGAAGCAAUCGGAACGUUCUCUGGUGCACCAAAUGGCACACAGCUACUGGAGUGUACUGUCGCUAAUUCGGCAUGGGGCCACUCUAAUAGCGACGAGCGGACCACGGUUGAAGCCACCUGGAAUGCCCCGAUGCAAGACGAAGGACCAAUCAUGUUCAAGGCCAUCAUUGUGAAAGGAGUGCCUAACCGGUCCCACUUUUACAUGAAUGUUACGUCUGAUGUGAUGGACUUCACCCAAACCCCUAGCACAACACCAUCAUCAACAGCAUCAUCCGUUACCGUACCACUUGUGCUGAUGACUACCAUCGCCUUGGGUCUCGCAGCCCUGCUGGCUGCCCGUCGUCAGUAAAUAAAACCACACCGGGCUGAAACUCCUAUGAAGACCAGACUUUAUGGACUCUGUGUCACUGAGGAGCAUCACUAUGGAGGACCAAAAGUUGACAACCCAUUUCCCCCCAAAACCUGGUAGAGUAAAAUUAGAAAUUAUGUUUAAAUACAGUCCCUUUUAUCAAAUUUUAAAUUUCUGCCUUCAGAAAUGUUGAUGAAAAUUGUUUGUCCACUUUUGGUACUCCAUACAUAUCUUUCAGAAUAAUAAUUUGUAUCUUUGUGCCUACUUUGUUCUCAGGGCCUAUUUUCAUAAAGCUGUCAAGUAGAACAUUUUGCUUUGCAAAUUCAUUGGGUAAGAAGAGAACGGGGUACCAGUCGAAGCAAUGGUAACUGAAUGGUAUUCCGGCUGGUAACCUAAUUAUUGUUAAGCAAAAGAGUGGUUGGGCUUAGCAAGUUUUUUUGUGCUUACAGACUUUGUGAAAUUGGGCUCAGACUAUAGGUGGCAGUAUAAUUCAUAGAUAUUCUGUAUAAUUAUAGAUAUAGUUCCCAAAUAGACGCCAUCUUUUCGGGCAAGUUGCAUUAAUUUGGCUUUCGGGAGCGUCAAGUGCUUAUACUCUUAACGCAGCCGCGUUGAUCACUGACCAAUUAUAUAAAUGGUUCUGUGAAGUGGACUUUUGCUACCGAUUUAGUAGCAAAAUACGAGAUAAAAAAAGAAAAUGGCAAUCAAGUUGUAGAAGGCACCCAUGGCUGCACCAGUGCGUGGUCUCCCCUUCAAUUCGCUUGGGAUAUCAGCUCUAUGAAGCUAUCCAAGCCACGGAGGCCUUGGCAAAAGGCUAACGCGGAACGCAUGACUGUGGUUUCAAACUGCCCGUAAAGUUGGCCGAUUUCCCUCAUAAUGCAUCCUAAUCCAGUAUGAUGAUUCUUGAUGUUGGGAUUGGGGGUUGGGGGUCUGCAAGGAGCCCAUGUGCAAUCGAACCCACGACCACACAUUAUUUUAGGAAGCACAUUGUCACAAAAUGGCGCCAGGUGUUCUUGGGUUUGAUUCUUUAUGUGGUGUUUUGUCCCGCAGUACUUUAAAAAGAAGCACAUAUAAGUCAUGCAAUACUCACAAACUGAAACAAGCAGAUUAUGUUGUAUGGCUAGCGAUUUAGUUUCAGCAUUUUGACCGAAAUACUUUUAGGAAAUACUUUAGAUGGUUUUCAAGUUUCUUUUUUGAAAUAAUAUCAUAAUAGUUGUUGUCGUGUUACUCAGUCUCUCAUUGUUGGUAAUUUCUUUAAGUAAAUAAUAUUGUCAAUGCCGGGGUUAGUGCCUUCACCGAGACGAUCUUAAGGUGGUUUAACAAACCUUGAAUCUUCUGCACCAGAAGCAGAAUUAUGACCUUUUUUUCAAAUUGUGUGUACACAU